ACUAAUCAGCCUGUGAUCCCUCCUUUAACAGCUGAAAUGAUUGUAGUUGUAAGCAUUCAUCAUACGCCAUACUUUCAACUUGUGGCCCUCACACACUCCUCAAUCAUGUUUUUGAAAUUCUUUUCCAACAAAUGUGCAAUUUUCCAUGAUUUUGUCCCCAAUAAUGUGCAUGCACAAUCUUUGCUGUCAAGCCAGACAUUGCUCAAACUGACUCAGAGUGUCGGGGUGUUGACUGACACUACUCCACUGGCGGGGUGGUUUGUUCACUACAGCGUUUAAAAGACUACCUUCUGUGAUACUCUCAAAUAAAUGAACAUUUGCACCUGCUUUUCAUCUUCACUAUAAUCUUUCUCCUCAUGUUUGUCCAUCCACCCACUCGAUGCGCUUCUAUAAAGCACUUUGUCACUUGAUGCACUACAGCACUGACCUCUUUUUGGCCAUGUCUUGUGUCCUGUAUUGUCGGAGUGCUCUCGCAAUGCAAGUUAAUGUGGUAAUCAAGUCUUCGAAGUGAUUGUCCCUGGUUUCUAUGUACAUGACAUCUUACUUCGUCAUGAAUUCUGAGGGUUUAUUUUUUUCAUGUCCUCGUUUGUCCCAGAUGUAUAUUGCACUGUGUUGUACUGGCCAGUGUCCUAAAGUGAAUACAUUCUUAAUAAAAUGUACUUGACUUGACUCUGUCUAGUGUUUCCCUGGCUAAAUUUAACUCUGUGGACGUUUAAAAAAAACAACUAAUUUUAAUAAAUUGUUCUAUUUUUUUUUGUGACCAGUGAGUGUUGUGUGCACUCAUUAAUCUAGCUUUGUGUCAAUGGAACUUAAAUCUCUUAAAUUCAUAUUUAUUCAAGAAACGUCUGUGAAUCACAAAAGUGUUAUGAGGUCUGGUGUGGUUGAGACCGAGUGUAGUCCCAGAGUGUGUGUACGUUUGUGUGUGUGUGUUUGUGCUGAGCGGAGCUGUUUGCUGAAUCCUCUUGGCUCUCGCUCCCGGUGCCCGCACACAGUGCUCACUGGCAGCCAGGCGGACAGGCAGGGCAGCGUUUGCCAACACAGCUGCCUAUUGAGAGGCAGCGUUACGGACACAAUGUGAGCGACAGACUUGCUGUAUCAACAGCUCGCCCUUUUCUGCUGUUGUGGCCAGAAAUAAACCAUAAAUACCUCCCUGUCCCUACCCUCUAAUGGCUCAACCCCACCAAGCACCAAGUGACACCGAAAAACGAGGGACACUACCACUUCCUAGCAGGCAUACAUACACAGGUAAAAAUCUCACUCUGGACACUGACUGAUAAUUUCAAUGCAAUUGAGUUAGACGGUGCUGCAUCAAGUGGAGACCCAGGUUUGGAUGAUUUUGGUAUCAUUGGAUUGUAAUGGAACUUGCCUUGAAGGACUAAUGAGUAUACUUUUAGUGGAUAAUGAUAAAAUUGUUUCUAUCAUUCAGUCAAUUCAAUGAUAACAUAGUUUGAGGCAAAAUAUUACAUUAUAUCUGGACAAAAUGUAUACAAUCCUCCUAUUCAAAAGUUUAAAUUUAAAAGUGACAUUGCGCUUUCCUCCUGUUGUGCAUUUCUGUGACUGUGUGUGUGUGCUUGGACAUGCAUGCAUGAUGGAUGGUGCUUUGUCUGUAUGUGCUGCUGCCACAAAGUGGAGGACCAGUGUAUCAGGAGGAUGUCGGAGCAGCAGAGUGCCCCGGAACAGCUGGCUGCUGGAAAGAGCCAGGGAGGAGCUGGAGCCACAUACAAGGUGUUGCUGUUUGAGUUCGAGAACUUCCAGGGCUGCAAGGCAGAGUUUUCAGCAGAGUGUAAAGAUGUGACCGAGAAGAAGCUGGAGAAGGUUGGAUCCCUGAUCGUUGAGUCAGGACCCUGGGCGGGUUAUGAUCGGCAUGGCUUCACAGGGGAGCAGUUUAUUCUGGAGAAGGGCGAGUAUCCACGCUGGGACACCUGGACCAACAGUCAGAACAGCUACACCCUCUUGUCUCUAAGGCCACUCAAAGUGGACAGUGCUGAACACAAGUUACACCUCUAUGAGAACCCUGGAUUUACUGGUAGAAAGAUGGAGAUUGUCGAUGAUGAUGUGCCCAGUUUGUGGGGCCACGGUUUUCAGGAUCGUGUGGCCAGUGUCAAGUCUCUCAACGGAACAUGGGUCGGCUACAUGUACCCAGGCUACAGGGGGCGCCAGUUUAUCUUUGAGAGAGGAGAUUUCAAGCACUGGAACGACUGGGAGGCCCCUGCACCUCAGAUCCAGUCUGUCCGACGUGUGCGAGACAUGCAGUGGCACAAAAGGGGUUGUUUCACUGUCCCUGACCCGGCUCCGGCUCCUGGCCCCGACCCUGACCCCGCCCCAGCACCUCCUGCCACAGCUGGAGCCAGCUGAGCAUGAUCCUCACACGCCUACCACCCCUUCCCACAGCCUCCCCCCACACUGCCGACAGUGCCUGCCCUCAACCUUAACCUAACCAUGGCGAACGAUGCUUGUGCCCAUUGAGGAGUGCCAUGUAUGUUUCAGUGGCGAAUAAAGUUGUUUGACCUGG